UUGUGCGGUUGGUACCCCUGCCGUAUUGCUGAUCGAGUAAAAAUGGAGACAUACGAAAGUGUUUUGCUUGUCAAGAACGAGGUAUUCGUCUUUAAAAUACCUCCAAGAGCCACAAACAGGGGUUACAGGGCUGCUGACUGGAACCUUGCAGAACCAGAAUGGACGGGACGGAUGAAGCUAGUGAGCAAAGGCAACGACUGCACUAUUAAACUAGAAGACAAGAACUCUGGCGAGCUGUUUGCCAAGUGUCCCAUUGAAACGUAUCCUGGAAUGGCUAUCGAGGCUGUUGCUGACUCCUCUAGAUACUUUGUGCUUAGAAUCCAGGACGAUAAUGGCCGCUCUGCAUUUAUUGGAAUCGGGUUCACCGACCGCUCUGACAGCUUUGACCUGAAUGUGGCGCUGCAGGACCACUUCAAACGCCUUCAAAAUGACCAAGAGAUUGAAAAGGAGAAGGAUACGCCGAAACAGCAGCUUGAUCUCAGCUUCAAAGAGGGCCAGACGAUCAAAAUCAACAUGAAAAUCACGAAAAAAGACGGCAACGAGGUGACGGGCGGCCGGCCUAAGCCGAAAGGGGGCGCAGCAGGUGGUUUGGGAUUCCUGCCUCCCCCGCCCGGAGGCGUGAAGAUGCCAGCUCCACCCAAGCUGACGCCCACAUCUUCCCCGAGUCAUCAGCCCAAGAGCAGCUCUGACCCCGCGGCCCAGGCAGAUAACUGGGGCGAGUUUGCCAGUGCCAACGAGGAGAGUGCACAAGCGGCCUCACCGAGUACCAACCAGUCGAGUUGGGUGCAGUUCUGAAUUUAGCAAGACUGAGGACAGCGCUAGUGUUGGCCCCUGAUUCCUCGGAAUAAAAUGCAACCUGCUAAAGUCUCCAUACUCAGUUGCAAACAAGAAAGAAACAGAUUCACUCGGCAUUUCACAAAGCUUAGCCUGUUGAGUCAAAUCUCUCAAUUUUUAAGACUAGCAACGUUGUUUCAACUGUAUUUGCGUGUGAGUUCGCAUCAAGAGUAUGUACUUUUUUGCGCAUUUCCUCGUGAAACGAAUUUAUAUUGCCCGGUAUUGUGAAUGCCGGCGAUCGACGGUUUUCUGCUAAAAAAAACUUCCAUGGCUCGCACUUAAUUAAGUUGGCCGCGAUGCGCCAAUUUCUUGUAUUAAUUUAAGUCAAAUCUUCCUGUAUACUUUUUUAUUUUGGAAUUCGUCGACAUUCCUUUGUACUUUUGUUUUAUACGCCACGAGGAACGAGAACUCCAAAGAUCGUAAUGUUACACUGACUUUAGAAAAUCUGUCCUAGGAUGCUGUAAUAAUAUUGAAUAAUAUAUAUAUAAACUCGUUAUAUUGAUAGGAUUAUGUAUUGAGAAAUAAACAACGUAAUCGAUUAA